GUGCCCUUCGCGGCGGACUUGUCUACCUUGGCGAUACAGCGGGCCCGCCUUCAGCGCGCGCACAGUCGAAUUUCACCUCGCAAAGGACCGGCAGCUAUGGCUAUGGCUAUGGCUAUGGCUAUGGCGGCUUGUGGCCGGUGUACAAGACUGUCAGCAAGGACCGCGGGGAGCUUGUUGUUGCUGUCGAUUUUCUUGCCGCUGGCAGUAGGUUACGGAUUAAACGAUUUUUUGGCGGCGCUCAAUAAUCAAGACAUCGGUUAUCACGAAGUGCAAGGGGACGUGGUUCUCAACGGCUCUUUGCCAGACAUCACGGGGAGGAACCUCACGCUUGUGGGCAGAGCGCCACGUGGCGGGCGUCCAGUGAUUGACGGAGCCUCCAAGUACGGUGGAUCGCGCUCCAUGGGGCUGACCUUGAAGAACUUAGAAUUUAUCAACUUCAAUGGAACGGUUCCUAUUUUCAGUUUGUUGGGUAACGACAUCGACAUUGAGGACUGCGUUUUUCGCGCGAAUAUUGCGACCGGCGGGAGUUCGAGCGCUGUCGUCUCCAUCCAGGGCGGGAACGUGAAGAUCUCCCGCUCUUUCUUCAUCGGCAAUCAGGUGUCGGCAAAUGGUAUGUCGGCGAGCGGCGGCGCUGUGUAUUCAAUGAGUGCCGGGAGGGUGGUGAUCGAGAGCACGGUCUUUCGCGACAACCAGGUGACGGGAACGAGAGGCCUGGGAGAAGGAGGCGGUGUGUAUUUGCUCUUCGCGGGCCUUUACACCAUCAGCAAGUGCACAUUUGACGGCAACCAGGUUGAUGGGCUCGGGGGCGGAAUGGCGGCGCUGGGUUCCUCGCGGGGGGAGAUCGUGGGUUCGAGCUUCUUGCGCAACUCCGCCUACUCCACGAAACGAGCUUACAAGUCGUACGCAACUGGCGGGGCCAUCGAUAUCUACGGUGACAACGUCACUAUCAUCAGCGGGUGCACGUUCACAGGAAACAAGGCAGAGGGCAGGCGAGGAGGAGCCGUGUCCCUGUCGAUGUAUCAGGCGGAGGCCACCAUCUCCGGCUCCAAGUUCGAGCAGAACGCUGCUGGGAAAUACGGUGGCGCUGUGGGUGUGCGACUCGUGCCCCCAAGCUUGGAGGAGGGCAAGCGUGGUGUUAUACUGUACGAAGGCGGGCCUCCGAGAAGUAAGGUGAAGUUCUGUGGAGGGAACACGUACUCGAGGAACGUGGCGGGGACUUCAGGCGCGGAGAACAUAUACGUGGACAUGCGCAACAGCUCGGUGAGCGGAGUGACGUUCUGUCCGAGCGAGCCUCCCCUUGCUCUGAUCGAAGCGGAGACUGGAACGGUAAACAUCACCUGCGCAUCCUGCUGAAGGGAGGGAGGUUGGGCGGGGGUGGGGGGAGAGUGUUGCACUUGCGUGGAUUGCUUCCCCCUAACCCUCGAUCUUCAUGUUGUUUAUGUAUGUACAAGAUCGAAUCUGAUAGACAAUACUCGUAUCAUACACCAACACUCGUGGAAAUUGCGGCAUGGCUCGUGGUGAAAGUCGGUGAGCCGGAGCAACCUCCUCCGAACGGCUCGGGUUGUACAAGGUCGCUGGAUGAAGGAGAAGAGAAGGCGGCUGGGUUCGACAUCUCCUGUGUAGAAAGAGAAAGUGAGUCCUUUGUCUGUCGUUGGGCUUUAGCAAGAAGACUACGAUGAUGACGUACAUCUCGGAGAGAGAUAAAUGACGUACAUCUGGGAGAGAGAUAAAUGUCUAGAAAUUCG